AUGGCGAGCCCAGUGCUUGUGGUCCAGAGGCAGGUGUCUCUGGUGUGGAGCCAUGAGAUCUGUGAUGCUUUGUUCCCAGCGCUUCACACACUCCUGUUGACAGAGCUGUCACAACCUUGUCCUCUGGGAUAUACCAGCAUUGGCAAGAACUGCUCUGAUUAUAAUGAAUGCGUUGAUGAAGACGAUCCGGAUUUUGAGCACCCGUGUGGUGAGGAUGCAGUCUGUGAGAACACGGUGGGGAGCUUCUACUGCAAAUGUGCUGAUGGCUUCAGAUCCUCAUCAAAAGCCAGCGAUUUCACCCCAGAAACAUCUGGAACCUGCAAAGACAUCAAUGAGUGUUUGGAAAAUGGAGACAUCUGUGGACCAAACACCGAGUGUUUGAAUGCGAUCCCGUUCUAUGCCUGCAUUUGCAAUGUGGGAUUUAUCUCCACUACUGGCGUGGAGACGUUUCGUGGUGACAGUGUGACAUGCAGAGAUAUCAACGAGUGCCAAGACAAUCCUUGUGGACAGAAUGCCGCAUGCAUGAACACCGAGGGAAGUUACCACUGUGUCUGCAAUGGGGGCUUUGCACUGAGAUCAGGGAAAUCUGAUUUCACAGGGGAUGAGGAGAAAUGUGAAAACAAAUGUACAAUUGAUAAGACGAUCUGCAGAAAUGGAACCUGCCACCUUGGAGCCGACAGCCAUUAUUGUACAUGCUACCAAGGCUUUACUAACUAUGGCAACAAAGAGAAGCCUUGCACCGAGUUGAACUGUGAUGCAUUCAUGAGUGGACAUAAUCAUGAGCAGCUCCCAGGCGCACAAGAUCUGCAGCUCCUGUUGGAGAAAAGCUGUCGGGAGCUUAGUGAGAGCGAAACUCCUAAAGAUGUCAACGCAGAGGACUUGCUGAUGAGACUGCUGGCUAUGGUAGAUGAGCUCCUGUCUGGCGGGGACCUCAGGGGCAACAGCCAUGUGUCUGCCGUGCUGGAAAUUGUGGAGAAUGCUCUGGUCUUUAUAGGACCUAUCGUGAAGAAACCCCAUGUAAAGAUGUCCAAAAUUCACACAGAGCUGGAGCUGCUGUUAGAAUGGAGCACUGUCUUACCUGAGGGACCCAUGACUCUGUCCUCUGAACAUGGCCAAAUGGAUAUCCAGUGGGAGACGGCUGCAGGAAAUGCUUCCUCUUAUCCAGGCUUUGCAACAAUUUCCUUGCUAACGUGGAAGAACCUGGAAAACUACACUGACGGAUUUUUCAGCGGGAUGAAAGAUGAAGGAGUCAAAAGCUACCGAAUCAACUCAAAAGUGUUGACCGCCUCCAUUAGUAACAGAGACAGAGACUUCCUGAAAGAGCCGGUCACACUGACUUUCCACCACUUAACGGAGUCUGUUUUGCAGCUCAACCACAGUAACCACACCUGUGUGUACUGGGACUCUGCGGAGAGUGGGACCUGGUCUGCCCAUGGCUGCAGUGUUGUGGAGUCCAACUCCAGCCACACUGUGUGUUCCUGCACACACCUGAGCAGCUUUGCCGUGCUCAUGGCCCUCUACGACUUUGAGCAUCCAUUUGAGCUGCAGCUGAUUACUUGGAUGGGCCUCUCCCUGUCGCUGCUGUGCCUGAUUCUCUGCAUCCUUACAUUUGCACUGAUCCACUCCAUCCAGAGCACCCGGAAUACCAUCCACCUACACCUCUGCAUCAGCCUCUUCCUCGCCAACCUCGUUUUCCUCGCCGGCAUCUCCCGCACAGAGAACCGGGCUGGCUGUGCCGUGGUAGCAGGUCUUCUGCAUUUCUUCUACCUGGCAGCAUUCUGCUGGAUGUGUCUGGAGGGCAUACAGCUCUUCAGGAUGGUGGUGCUGGUCUUCAACACAACCUUCAAAACCACCUACAUGAUGGCAGGUGGCUAUGGAAUCCCUGCUGUGAUCGUCGCCAUCUCCGCCAUAGCUGAUAACAAGGGCUACGGCACCAGUCGACACUGUUGGUUAAACGUGGAAACCGAAUUUAUCUGGGGCUUCUUAGGUCCUGCCUGUGUCAUCAUCAUAGUGAACAUCAUCUUCUUUUCCAUCACUGUCUGGAAGCUUGCACAGAAGUUUUCGAGUUUGAACCCUGACCUAAAUAACUUACGCAAAAUCAAGGCAUUCACUGUCACUGCAGUGGCUCAGCUCUGUGUGCUGGGCUCCAUGUGGAUCUUUGGCUGUUUCCAGUUCGGGGCGGGCACGAUAGCCAUGUCUUACUUGUUCACCAUCCUCAACAGUGUGCAGGGGGCCCUGCUGUUCAUCAUGCACUGCUUGCUCUCUAAACAGGUGAGGGAGGAGUAUGAAAAGCUCCUGUCUCGUGUCUGGACGCCUCAGAAGAAGAGUUACUCAGAGUUCAGCUCCUCCCAGUUAAGUAAAGUACAGGUAUCCAAAGGAAUUGAAUCAAGUGCAACUGGACUUGGUAUAUAUCCUUGAAGACGUUUCACCUCUCAUCCAAGAGGCUUCAUCAGUUCGUGUCUUUCUGACUAGACCAAGCUAGUCUCUAGUCUUUAUACAGACAUCCAAGAGCUCCCAAAACACAGGAGAGUCUCAUAUCUGAAGGGCAGAGGAGUGAACUGGGAAAACAUCCACAAACGCUGUUGCUGAUGUCACGCCAGUGUGCCACCUCCUGAAACCUUUUUAUGGAGGACUAACAUCCUUGCUUCCUUUUUUUUUUGUAAUGCAAUAGUUUGCUUCAUAGCAAAACACUGUAAAGCUGUACUGAUGUACUGAUAUAUGCUAGCCAUUACAUUUCUAGAGCUGUUAAUUGUGGUAUUUUGUUAAUGAAUAGUUUUGUUCCAAAGCACUGGAUACCUAUCUGGAAAAAGAAAUGACAACAUUUCAGCAACAUGUCGUUUUUUUUAUAUAUAUUUUUUUAUUUUUCAAACCAUGGAGUUCAGCUUCCAGACGUUCUCCCGUUAUUUUCAUGUGUGGGGUAAGGGUAUUAUAAUAAGGGCCACUCAUAAGACCCCUGGAGUAUGAGGACCGCUGAUUUGGGCCAAAGUGAUUCACUGGACUUGCUUCAUGAGGACCUGGUUUAAUCAGGUACACAACAGCUCGUUAGAUCACCCAGGUACUUCAUCGGACUCGCCAAGACAAUGUAAAAGGGUGCCUUUUUGUUUGUUUGUGUUCUGUUGGUCAUUUUGUCUAGUCUGUAUAGUUUGUUCCACUUUAUUUAAGAUGUUGUCUUCAAAGUAGCCAGUAAUAAGGAAAAUAUUGAGAUGGAGUAAUUUGAAAUGCCCAUUUGUGUUCAUAUAGUUGUACAAUUGUAUAUAAAGCAAAGAAAAUGCACCCGUAUGUGCCUCAGCAGGUAUAAUAUCAUGUUAACGUGUUACGUCUAAAUGUAUGAGUCGACCGCCGGUCUGUGACGUGCCGAAUACAGAUGGUCGGCCCUUGAACGCUCCAAAGCAGCUAUAGCUGUCAUGACUGUUGAACCAGUAGUGUGUGAACACACCAUGCAUCAUGUUUUUAUCUGAAGCAGUAAUUAUGCAAAAUGCAUUUCCACACAGCUAAGGUUUCGUUUUUCUUUUCUUUUGCACUAAAGAUGAUUUUUGUUAUGAGACAGCGACAGUGGAAGGCAGACAGGAAAUGAGAGAGGGGGGGGAGUGGUAUGCACUGUAACCAUUCGGCUACAGAGGCACUGCAGGUAUUAAGAAAUGGAUAUUAUUAUUGUUUGUGUUGUUUUUAAGUUGUCCCCCAGAGAUGUAAAGAUGACUGAUUGUGCAGAUGUAUUUUGUUUGAGAAUUGUCACGAAAGCAUUGUGAUGGUGUCAGCGCCUCCCCCCUGAUGGCUUUGUAAUAGUUUGCUAAGUCAAAAAGAAUACAUUAAAACUUCCAGACUGA